AUGGAUGACGACCUCAAAGCUGGCGUAGGAGGUCAACGAGGCAGCGGUAUACAUAUGCGGUGGAUAAAAGAGCAGAAGAAAAAGCGUAUCGAUCACCAGCCAGCCGAAGUAUCCUCAUCGGAAGACCCGCCGACCAGUCCAUCGGAAUACUUUGGCCAGGCCUCCGUUUCCAGCGAUGAAGACGGGCAUGUUCCGCGGAUGACCAAUACUCAAACGAGCAGCUCAGGAGGAUCAUUCGCUUCGACCACUUCCAGUAUGCUUGCCAAACACUUUCCGCAACGCUUCUUUAUACUCAAGUCAUUGACCCAAUAUGAUUUGGACUUGAGCGUUGAGAGAGGUCUGUGGGCUACUCAGAAGCACAAUGAAGGCAUUCUGGAUCAAGCGUACCGUUCCAGCAAGGACGUCUUCCUGAUCUUUGGCGUCAACAAGAGCGGUGAGUUUUAUGGGUAUGCUAGAAUGGCUGGCCCUCUGCGGCGCGGUGAACCACAGGUAUCUUGGGCAUCAAGAACAGAUUCGUCGGCCUCCUCCCGAUCACCUUUGUCUCCAUCGGGGCUACAACAAGAGACCAUUGCCGAAGAAUCAGUGACACCUGCUUCGCAGGCGAACCACCAGUUCCUCUCGCCAGUGAGACAAGUUGCUAACUCUCCUGGGGUGAUCACCCCUGAUUCCCGCGCCGAUGCUCGCCCUCACCCGAAGUCGAAUUCUGCGCCUCCGGUGUUUGGCCAUUAUCAGCAAUUCAGCGGAACUAAGCAGCACACUAACCUUAGCCUAGAUCGUCUGGUCCGGACCAAGGUUGCGGGUGCUUCAUCAGGCGAAUUUUCUCGGGAUUUUGAGUUGGACGCGGGAGCACCACAGAGGGCGAUUCGAGACAGGCAAAGUACGGAGGAGGGAUCGACGGGUAGCAAGCUUCAUGUGGUGGAAGAGGUGGAAGAGAAGGGGGCCGAAGAUGACGGACACGCGGCGGAAGGACAGGCUCCUCCUGCCGAUGGGGACUCAGCGUGGGGGGACUCUUUCAAGGUAGAUUGGAUCUGCACAGAAAGACUACCCUUCCAGCGGACCCGGCUCCUGCGAAAUCCUUGGAACCACGACAAGGAAAUCAAAGUCUCUAGGGACGGGACCGAGCUGGAGCCCACCGUUGGGCGGCAACUCUUGGACGAGUGGGAGAAGUACGUGCAGGAGAUUGCAUCAGGCGAGUUGAGACCUACUACUGGGGGGCUAAAAUAUCGCGUGGCAGCCAACCAAUCCACGCCUUCAUCUUCAUCUAUUAUCAGUGAUGUUUCCCCUGCCCCCGGUACCCCGAUGGAGCCCAAAGAGCGCAAACCAAGGGCGUCAUGA